GAGUCGGGACCUUGAGGAUGUGUGCCAUUCUUCGAGUGUUUGGAUCGUCGUUUUCUUGGUGAUCGAUGGCGGAGGCGAACGGAGCGGCAGCGGUCGCAGCAGGUGGGGAUCAGAAGGCGGCCUUCCUCCAGAUCUAUGUUCAACUUAAGGAGCAUCUGCUGCGGGAUCCCGCCUUUGACUACACCGACGAGUCCCGCGAAUGGAUCGAGAAGAUGCUGGACUACAACGUACCUGGAGGCAAGUUGAACCGAGGAUUAUCUGUCGUAGAUAGCUACAAGUUGCUUAAACCAGGAAACCAACUCACUGACACUGAGUUCUUUCUUGGUGGUGUCCUUGGAUGGUGCAUUGAAUGGCUUCAAGCAUAUUUCCUAGUCCUUGAUGAUAUUAUGGAUAGCUCAGUUACCAGGCGUGGUCAACCUUGUUGGUUUAGGGUUCCUAAGGUUGGUCUUAUUGCUGCAAAUGAUGGAAUCUUACUGCGCAAUCACAUUCCUCGAAUACUUAAAAAGUAUUUUAAGGGAAAGCCUUACUAUGUUGAUCUCCUUGAUCUGUUUAAUGAGGUUGAGUUUCAGACAGCUUCAGGACAGUUGUUGGAUCUCAUUACAACCCAUGAGGGAGAAAAUAGCCUAUCAAAAUACAAUAUCACUGUUUACAAUCGCAUUGUGCAGUACAAAACUGCAUAUUAUUCCUUCUAUCUUCCAGUUGCAUGCGCAUUGCUAUUGGCAGGCCAAAACUUGGACAACUUUCUCCAAGUGAAAGACAUUCUUAUUGAAAUGGGAACGUAUUUCCAAAUACAGGAUGAUUACCUGGAUUGCUUUGGUCAUCCAGAUGUAAUUGGUAAGAUUGGAACUGAUAUUCAGGACUUCAAGUGCUCUUGGCUUGUAGUGCAAGCCCUAAAAGUUGCUAAUGAGAGUCAACUGAAGAUUCUGUCGGACAACUACGGGAAAACUGAUCCAACGUGUGUUGAAAAAGUGAAAAGCCUUUACAAAGACCUUAACCUGGAGAAACUAUUUGCUGAGUAUGAGCGGACUAGUUACGAAAAACUGAUAUCUUCUAUUGAAGCCCAGCCAAGCAAAGAAGUGCAGCAUGUGUUGAAGUCGUUCCUCGAAAAAAUCUACAAGAGGCAGAAGUAAUCUAUCAAGGAUUCUUAUUUGUACUAGUAUUACGAAGGAAACAAUUUAGCUUGCCUGGUUUUUAAUUUGAUCGAGUGAAAAAUAAUCUACCAUCCCUGUCUAUCAUUCUGAGCUAUCAUAAAUGUAUUAGGGCUUUUAUCA